AAACUGUACUCUCAACUUCUUGUUGCUUAUUUCCUCUUUAAGUAACUUCUUAAUUGUUGCCUAAUUCCGCUUUAAGAUACAUGUUGAAACUGAAUUUUCCAGUUUCCGGCAAUUGGCUCGCCAUGCCGAGCCUCAAUUUCUCUCCUGCCUCGGUCUCCUGCUCCUUCAAAAUGAAGAUCCAAAGGUCCACAUCCCUUGGAAAAAGAACCAAUCUAUGUCAUGCAACACUGGACAAUUUCGUGGAUUCAGGAAACCGAUCACGACGAUCUUCUGGCUAUCAACCCGCUGUUUGGAACCAUCGGCUCAUCGAGUCCAUUGGCAGUCAUUAUGAUAAGCCCAUGCAAAUGUUCUCAUACCUUCAAUCUAGAGCUAACUCAACAGCCUCGGACUACUUAGUGGAUUCAGGACCACGACGAUCUGCUGACUAUCAACCCGCUAUUUGGAGUCAUCAGUUCAUCGAGUCUAUUGAUACCCUUUAUGAUAAAGAGGAUGUCAAGGCACGGAUUGAAGAAUUAAAGCAGGGAGUCGAGCAAUUGCUUAGGGAAACCGAAGAUCCGACGGCCACACUUGAACUCAUGGUUUCAAUCCGACGACUUGGAUUAGCUUACCAUUUCCAAAAGGAAAUUGGGAAUAAGCUACAAGAAAUCUACGUUGAUGGAUUCAAAUCUUUACAAGGAUUGAAGGAGACUGCACUUUGCUUUAGACUGCUUCGAGAACACGGUUACAGUGUAUCCUCUGAUAUAUUCAAAAAGUUCAAGGAAGGGGAAGUAUUCAUGAAAUGCUUAAGCCAAGAUGUGAAGGGUUUGCUGAGCUUAUAUGAAGCUACUCACCUCUCGAUUCCUGGGGAAAAAAUAUUAGAAGAAGCUAAGGAAUUUUGUGCGAAGCAUCUCUCGAGUGUAAGCCAAGAUGUGGAUAUAAAUAUAGCUAAGCAAGUGAGACGUUCUCUUGAGGAUCCUACACAUUGGUUGAUCCCGAGAUUGGAAACAAGAUAUUACAUUGAUGAGUAUGAAAAAGAGGAGGAAAUGAGAUCUUGUUUGCUUGAGCUAGCCAAGCUAGACUUCAAUGCUGUGCAAGCCGUGCACCAAAAGGAGAUCAAGGAAUUAUCGAGGCCUAAGCACCUUCCGAUUCCAUGCGAGCACUUUUGA